CCCAAACAACGCGUACAUGCGAGCCGCAUUUACGGUAAAUCCGCUGAGCGCGUGAAGGCAGAAACCGACUUCCGGGCUGCUGAUUGGCUUCAGUGGAGUCGUAUGAGGAAGUAAAGCGGCUGCAGUUCAGCCCCAGCUCACUUCCUAACAGGGGAUGAUGUCAGGCAGAAGAGUGGUGGCGUUUGACUCAGCAGCAGAGCUUGGUCCAGCUCUGGUCCGGCUUAUAGCAUCUCGGGCUGAGAAAACCCUCAGCAGUGGCGCCGGCUCUUUUUCCCUCGGCCUCUCUGGAGGAAGUCUGGUGUCCAUGCUGAGUAAGGAGCUGCCCACGGUGCCCAACCUGGACUGCAGCCAGUGGCUGAUGGGCUUCUGCGAUGAGCGUCUGGUUCCUUUCGAUGAUCCCGAGAGCACUUAUGGACUUUACAGGAAGCAGUUGAUUUCAAAAAUAAACAUCCCAGAUGACAGGGUUUUGGCGAUCGAGCCGUCGUUACCAGUGCAGGAAUGCGCGGAGGAUUAUGCCACCAAGCUGAAUAAGGCAUUUGGGACUCAGGAAACGCCAGUGUUUGACAUGUUGCUGCUCGGCAUGGGACCUGACGGACACACGUGCUCUCUCUUUCCAGAUCACCCGCUAUUACAGGAAAAGCAGAAGACCGUAGCUCCAAUCAGCGACUCCCCUAAACCACCACCUCAGAGGGUGACCCUCACACUCCCCGUCCUGAACGCGGCCCGCUGUGUGGUCUUCGUGUCCACCGGAGGCAGCAAAGCCUCUGUCCUUAAACAAAUACUUGAGGGUGGAGACGGCCCGGUUCUGCCUGCAGCCCUCGUCGCUCCGACCCAGGGUGAGCUCUUCUGGCUGGUGGAUGAACCCGCAGCCACCUCCUUAACACUCGCUGUGGAACGACCAGGACCUGGUGCUCAACUCUGAUCAUCUUCACCUAGUACAAUUUUCAACAACUUAUAAAUAAAGAUUUUUCUUUACAAACUUUACAAAUCAAAACGUUCAACGGUAGUUAAGGAGACGUUUCUGGCAAAUUAUUACAUUAAUGCCAGUGGAUAUGAGGUUUCAGAUUAAACAAUGUAAAGUCCAGUCAAAGUUGGAUUCAAAAGAAAUGGUUCAGUGUAGGAAAAUGAUCAGUGACACCACUCUUGUACCACAAAUGAGUCCAUAGAUGUUCUUAUCCCUAAUCCCUAAGUUUUAUCCCUAAUCAGAAAGCUACUGGUGAUUAAGGCAUAGAAAAACUGCCUUUGGUAUGAGGAUGGAACCUUAAGAAGAACCAUUAGGAGUUCUGGAACUGGAGACUCCUUACAUGAACAAUUGAAUAAAAGGAAAAAAAAAUUAAACAGUUCUAUAUUGUUUGUUUAAGUGUAUGUUUACAGUCAGACCUAUGUUAUUUGUUGUUGCUGCUGCGUGUAAAAACCAUCACACGUUGCGCAUCAGUAUAACCCUGCGAUUACACUAGUAGCUUGAACUACUUUCAGGGCUGCUGUCAUGCACAAAAAAAUCAACUAAUAAAUUGAUCAAACACCGAAA